AUGAUACUCACACGACCAUUACUAUCACUGCUACCGCUAAGACCACUCCAAUCAAAACAGCUUCUACAACAGCUCCUAUUGAAAGUUUUGCUUUUAAGCUGGUGGCUCUCGCUCGUUAGUGCCACGUUUGUUGACAGCAAGCUCUGCAGCUCUCAUAAUCUCAAACUCAAGCCCUUCAUUACCGAUGCAGCACUCGACGAAGAAAAUAAGUUGUUGAAAUUCUUUAUCAAUACGCAAGUGUUGAGUAUACACCCAGAGGAUAAUAAAAAUCGAGACAUUAUCAUUUCCGAUGUCAACCUGACUACGAACCGAUAUACAACCUUUCAUAUCGAUAUUGACUUUAUGGGGAAGAACUUUAUCAGCGAAAAUAAAAGAUUUUGCGACAUGGUUUCGGUCAAAAAUACCACUGCAUAUCAAAAUAGCCCAAGAUUUGCCAGCAAAACAAUACCACUGGAUGGGGAAGAUGGCACUGAUGGCGACGAAGAGGCGGAGAUCACUCUGGUAGUAUCUUCGUUGGAAGAAAUCCACGAAAGUGAACCCACGGGCAAAGACUUUGCUGGAUCAAACUCAACUAUACAAUCAUUAUUUUCCAACUCCACUGGGACCUUGGUGUCGUGUCCGCUUUACUACAAUGACUCCAUAAUGUUGUAUUAUGAAGCAGACGUGAGUGAACAUUUCCAUCGGUUGGGUUCUUAUCAAGUCAAAUUUUCAGUCAUUUCAAACGACAACGAGUCAAGUACAAUAGGAUGCGGCAAUUCCUACGUCACGCCAUUUCAGCCAGAUGCAAUAUCUGAUUUGGUUAUUUUGGGGGUGUUGACAUUGAUGUCCGCAGCGGCGGCCAUAAAUAUAUUUAUUGUGUCCUACUCGUCAUACCAAGAAUCGUCAAACCCUUUUUUAUUCAAGGCUUCGACUUUCUGCAACAAGAAAUUGCUCGAACAAGUCGAUGCCAGUGUAAUUGGCCUUAUUAUGUACUUGCAAUAUGUCUCGUUCCUUGGGGGAUUGGGACUUGCAUACCCAGGUUUUUUACAACCAAUGAUUGGCCUGGUUAAAUGGUGUAUGCUUCUUGGAAUAACAGCUGUGUCUCAUAGCAAAGAGAUGGAGAUUUAUAAGGAAGAUAAUGUGUAUGUCACUUUAUCGAGCGGCGGGUUAUCAACAUUGGCGUUAUAUGGCGGAGGACUUGAGCUAAUUGACCUAUGGCCAAACUUUAUGAUCGUUCUUUGUGCUCUAUGCUGUCUCAUUGUGGUAGCCAGACAAUUGUUUAUCUUUGUCAAAAAAGUGUUUGAUCGCAUGUUGCGAAAAUGGCUUCCAAAUCAGCGACUAAUUCAUGGAAACUCAUCAACAUUUGCCUUUUUCUCAAAGAAAAAUUUGUACUUGAUAUUGGGACAUGUCCUACAGCUAUGGUUUUACACCUUUGGUAUGCCAUUCUUAGUGAUUACAUCAUUUAUGUUUUUAGCUGCCAAUGACAUCAAUGGCAGGCAUCGGAAUUUUGCCAGCUAUUGGGAGUUGAGUAAAUGCGCGUUUUCAUUCACAACACCUUACGAAGAAUUGAUGAUACCACUGACGGUGUUUACAUUUGGCGUUAGCAGCGACCCUUCUUCUUCUUCUUUUUCUUCCAGGGCAUCGUCUUCAACACUAUCAACGGUUGAAGGAGCAAGUGCCGAUUCAAUGCAUAUCAUUACCAAAAAUGACGAUUACUCAAGCCACAAUUAUACCUCUUCACCGUUUUACAAUUCCACAUUAGAGCAACAAUAUCAAAAUGAGAGGGGUGAGAAAUAUAUGAGUGUGUCCACUACGUGCUUGGUGUUUGGUGGGAUAUUGUUUGCAUGCUGGAUUGGAUUACUGAUUUGGUUUAUUUUCCACUAUUUGAUUCGAAUCACCAAAAAAUUCCGAAUCAAAAGCUCAAAGAAUGUCUCAAAGCUUUAUACGAAUCUCAAGACUAUUUUGAUCUGGUCCUUACUAUAUUAUGAAUAUAAACCACAACGAGUAUAUUUUGUCAUUUUUGACCUUUGCCUACUAUUUACACAGCUGAUGGUUAUUGGUCUUUUGCAAAAACUUGGUAUCGUUCAAGUCUUUUUCUUACUAGCACUUUCCAUGCUAGAGCUCUUUAUGCGGUAUUUCUUUAAACCAUAUUAUGUCAAAGUAAAACCAUGGUCAACAAAAUUUAUUUUUCCAGUGGCAAAAUUUCUUUGUACUGCACUUUCAAUGGCAUAUAUUAGGACAUGGCAAGUAAGUGAAACUGUUAAAACAUAUGUGGCAUAUAUUCAGUUGUUGAUACAUGCGUUUGUGGCAAUUGUCUUUAUCAUUCAAUUACUUUAUUUGUUUGCAAAGACUUUGGUGUCGAUGUUCAAGGUUAAAAAAUGGAAAACAAUCGAUUCAACACAAGUCAGUAUGAUGAAUGGCGUUGAUGAGUUUGAUCGUGCAUUUGAAUAUAGACCAGUUGUUCCUGCAUACAAACCUAUGGAUGCAGCACUCAUGAAACACGAGACUGAAUCUACUAAUUUUAAUGAUGCUGAUGCUGAUGCUGCUGCUGCUGAUGAUGAUGAUGAUAAUAAUUACGAUGGUUACCUCGAUGAUAAUUUUUAUUUUCGAGGAACUAACAUAUAUGCUAAAGAUAAUGAUACGAGGUCUGAUUUGGAAUCGAACUAUUCGUUUUUGCAACAGCAAAAGGAAUCCGACUCCAGGAAGCUUAGGAAUGACUACAAGGUUAGAGAAGCCGAUCAAAUAUACCACAAAUACUUUACUGAUGAUCAGAUUGACCCUGAAAUUAAGGAACUUUGGGACUCGCGUAAAUUUUACAAUGAUUCGCCAGCGCCAGUAGAAGAGUUGGAAAUGAAACCGUUCACAAUGAGAAUGAGAAACAGGCUUUACGGAAGGAACAAUGUCAAGUGCGAGGGGACACAGUGGAAGAAUAAAUAUAAGAAUAAGAAGGAGGCCACAAAGAAAAAUAAUGAUACCAUGACCGCAGAUAUCACCACCGCAACAGGAUUCCAGGUUUCUCGACCAAAGAAAUUAGUUGUCAAAACAUUGGAGGAAGUUCAAGUACAACAUGGAAUUGGUAGACUGAAAGAUAUGCAAGGUUUACAUGAUUCACAAGAUACGCGUAGAGGCAGCAACAGCAGCAGCAUGAUGAUGAUGUCAGAGGAAAGUUUACUGAAGGAAUCCUUUUAA